AUGUCUGGCCGAGGUCCCUCUGCGAGUGGCUCUCCCGCUACGUCUACGUACCAGGUGAACGUGAACCGGACGAAGACGCGAAAAUGGGUCGAGGCAAAGGUUCAGAAUUACGAUGGCGACGACUGGGGAUCGCCAGAAUCUGACGAGGACGAGCCUGAAUCACCGCCUCCCGCCGCAACGGCCCAAGCUCCCCGACCUGCCGCGGCCCAUCGCUUGCCCUCAGAGUCCCGAGUUCCUGGAUCCGGCCGUGCAAGCCCCAUUGUCGCAUCGUCCACCUCGACUCGCACUUGGGAUUCGGGUUCCAGGGUGCCCAGCAUCUCCGAGAAAGUCACCCAACCGGCCCCCGACAACGUUGACCCGGUCAAGAUCGACGCACCGCUGGCUCAGCAGGCUGGCUAUGCUGACCAGAACGGGCCCGUGGCUGGUGCUGACGGCGGGUUUUCACAGAAGCAGCAAGAUUCCAUUCGCGCGUCUAGGCGAACGUCUAAGAGCCCCCAGCUCCCCGAUGUCACUCGCAUGUCUGGUUUCGGCCCCGACUUUUUUCUUGGUAACUCUGGUACCCAGAACAAGCCCGUCGGAAGUGGGUCUACGUUUCAGGACGAGUUGCCGCAGUCUUCUCCUACCAUCCCGGCUAGUGACUCUCAGAAGACUGUGACCGAGUUGCAGAGUCCGUGGCAGUCUCUCAACCCAGACGUCACACCGACCGAGCCUCUUCAACCCAAGAAGCCCGAACAAUCGCCCUCCUCCUACGAGCCCGAACCGCUGCAGAGGCAGACGACACUAGAGACCACCAAUUCGUCCCCUCUUAAGGAGAGCGAUGUUCUCAGCCAGGAGAUCAUGCGAACCUUGACCCCAGCCGGUCUUAGUGCCAGCGACACAUCGGCGGGUAAGCGGACAUCGCAGGGUGGCCUACCACCAGCCACGCACCGCGAGAGCAGCUACAGCUUAAGUGGCUACGAUGACUACUGGGCAGAUGCUGGCGAGACCUCUACGUUGCAGACGAGGCCCACUGGCGAAUUUGGGAAUGUACCUGAGAAAGCGCCCACUUCCACCAGUCCAAGGAGUCUAACGCCAGCGGUCGCUGAAUCUUCAACCAGUCCGUCUGGAGGCCAUGAUCUGCGACGGAAAUUCUCGUGGGAGGACGCGGGAGAAGAAGUCCGGCCUGCUAGGUCACCUGCCAAGUCACCAGUCUCAACUGCUCCGGCUCCCACUAGUGACACAGCACCUGUGGAUCAGACCCUUGGUGUGACGUCCCCGGCCAUCAAUAUUAUCCCCGAGGGCCAACCACUUCCGGCACACAAAGAAGCCCAUGAGGACCCGUCAUCAUCGCCAGCGAUCCAGAAUGAUUCACUGUGGCAACCUCUUUCGAUGAAGGAGUCAAUCCCUGAACCGUCUUCUCCAGGAUCGGAAACACGGGACAGGGACGUUCUGGCCUCGGGAGCUCAACUCUCGAGUCCAGCUUUGGCAGGCAGCGUCUCGCCAACGACGCCAACUCCCGAGUCCAUCCCGCAGCAUGGAGAUGCUGCGGCCGACUUCAGUAUUGCCGUCGAGGAGGAGGAAAAGAUCAUGUCGUUCCGCGAUAUCAUGUUUCUGACGACACCAGCCGAGCGCAUAGCCAAGUUUUCUGAGACACGCGAUGCCUUUUGGCAGAUGGAAUCAGGCCUGCACGACUGGAUCACCGCCAUGAAAGACGAGUUCCCGGAACAUGCCAAUGCGGGGGGCUCAUACUCGGGGUCAACACCGCCUCCCAACACUGCUGCGGCCUCGGGGUCUCCUGGAAUGGGGCAGCAGUUUGCCGGAGGGCCCAACGGCCAAGGCGGUUCAGCUCGCUCACGUCUUGCCGGGUUCCCGAUUCAGGCCGGGGCGGUUGCUGGCAAUGCUUUCGGACACUCUGGUGGCCAGAUUGGUACCAAGGGCAAAGAGUUCAUGCAAUCUGCUGGGAAGAUGGGCAAGGGGCUCUUCAGCAAAGGCAGAAGCAAACUACGCGGAGACAAGGACGGCUCUCGCCCAAACGACAAAGCCCUCAAGCAGCAGCAGCAGGAGGAGGAGGAGCGAGAGCAAAAGACCAGUCGACGCAAGUCAUGGGCCCUAAGUCUUGGCGAUAAGCUGCGUACGACAUCGAGCGGUGGUUUGUCCUCCCGUCGUUAUUGUGUUGAACCUAGCGCAUUGCUAACGCAGAUGCAGGAAAAUGAUAAUGACUAUGACGUCUACCGUGACCGCGGUGGUGACCGCGAUUACGACCCAACGACGGUGGCAUGA